CACACACAAACCAAAAAACACUUUUAUAACAAUCGGACAAAUAACAAUACAACAGCUGUCCCGUUAUCACAUGGUCCUGUACAUACUGAACAAAAAAAAACACCCCGAAAGCUUUCACCUUCUCCCAACAACUUGCUCUUUUUCUCUCUCUCUACUCUCUUAAAAACGUUUAAGCGUGUUUAAAAGAGCGUAAAACGCACCAUUCUCUCACAGUCGGCGAUAGCAUCCCAACCCGAACUGCAAGUAGGCUACACUCAGCAACCGAGCCCGAGGUUCAGUAUUUCUUGCAGCUAACAGACAGCGCAGUAGUCCUUUCGUUAGUCCUUAGCUUGCGGCCGUACGUGACAGACGUAGUAGCUCCUACCUUCCUUUCUUCCCCGUGGUUUUGCUCCCUUUCCCUUCGUCAAACAUCGGCUUUCGGAGGGUGGCCAACAGCAGGAUCGCGUGCCACCGCUGUUCCGUUGUCUCGCACAAACGACGACCACCAGUUGGAUUGUGUCUGCGGCUUGGCUCGACUGGGGUGGAACAAAAAAAAAGCCGUCGGCCGACUGGUGUGGUGGCUCGUCGGAUUGAUUGAUUGGUUUCUCGAGCUCUACUAUACAUACAACUGGGAGUGAAGUGAUUUUUGACCGUGGUGAUUUAUAUGCAGCUGGUUGCAGCGACUACGCACAAGCAGUGUCUGUGUGUGUGUGUGCCAAAUGUAAAAUGUAGUGCGUCAUCGCGUGUGUUCGUGUGUGUGUGUGCGUGCGAAGAAGCCGUUCAGUACAAAGAUGUGAACCAGUGAAAGGAAAAUUGAGGAAAUUCCAAUGCAAACAAUCCGCAACCUAAGUCAAAGUUAAUGUGAGUUUCAAGGCCCUGCACCAUCCACCCCAAGGGACGAUCGCGCACGACCCAGCCAGCCGCUAGGAUGCGGAAAAGACCAACACGCUAACAUUGUUACGUGUCCCAACGACGCCACACCAUACCACCCCGCCAUAUCGGGGGGCCCAGCAAACGAGGAAGCGUUAAAGGGAACCUUUAAGUGAACCAUUCUUUCUUCAUGUUGCGCUCUCGCUUGAACCUCCCUUCCGAUACCGCCGCUCACCAAUAAAUAGCGGUCAACGGUACCGAGCAAAACAAAGUUGAAGUUGGUUUGGAAAACCUCACCGGAGAAGAGAAAGAAAGCUACACCCUACUCGCUAAGAAGGGCAUCCCUUCGUCGAUCGUCGACAAGAGCAAUCACAUAAACAUGGACAACAUUACCGCCGAGCUGUCAAACUUCACCACCGGCCCGCCCACCGACGGUUUCGUGGGUCCGGUGACGGCCGGGCAGCUGGCUGGCGCCGUCAUGUCAACGUUGCUGGUGCAGCUCGUUACGGCAGCAACAAGUAGUUCCCGGACUGCCGCCGACGACCGCGACCAUUACUACGAUCCAAAAUCCACGACGCCGGCCGACUCCACACCGGCCGGGCUGGAGGGCCCGAACGGGACCGAGCCUAAUUUAUGGUUCGUAACCUCGUUAGCCCUCUCCUCCCGAUCUCAGCAGCAUCAGCAGCAGCAGCAGCAGCAGCAACAGCAGCAACAGCACCAACAACAGCAACUCCACCACUCAACGACGGGGAGCAGCAGUGGAUCGGGGGGCGAGAGCGGCGGUGGUGGAGAAGUAUCUCCCGUAACGCUCUCGACCGAAUGGCCUCGGCUUGCCCGGCUGCUGCUGCUCGCCUGUCUCUCGGUCGUCGGCAGCAUCGGCAACGUCUUCAUGAUAUCGUCCGUUAUGAUAGAGGACCAUCUGAAGAAAGCAGGCAAUGCAUUCAUAGUGAACAUAGCGCUCGCAGAUUUACUUAUCACUAGCGUAGUGAUGCCAGCGUCCACCAUCGUCCUGCUGGCUGGUAUCGAUAAUUCCGACACGGAAGUAUGCAAAUUUCACUGGUUCUUAGCUGCUUGCUCGUUUUUGGUUAGCAUUUUAACAUUAGCCAUGAUGGCGGUUGAGAACUACCUGCGGCUGUGCACGUUCCAGAACGAGCGCGGUUGGUUCAACAGGACGAACACGACCGCGAUCCUGCUGCUGAUCUGGGCCGUGGCCUGCAUCUCGUCCGGCAUGCAGUUCGUGUACGACAUCCGGUUCGAUUACUGCAACUGGCGCGUCCACCAGGAAAUCCCGCAGGAGGCCGGCGUGGUCGGUCUGAUCGUGUUGCUGCCGCUGCUGCUCACCUUCAUCACCCACAUCCGGAUCAUCGUGGACGUGAAGCGUACGAUGGCGCUGCCGAACUUUAAGCCGAGCCUUGCCUACACCUGGGACCUGUCGCUGGCCCGCACCAACUUUUACAGCUUCCUGAUCUUUGUCGUCUUUUGGCUACCGUUCUGCAUCAUCUUCGCCUACGGUACGGCACGGUUCGUCUCGAACCGGGUGUUCUACACGACCGUCUGGAUCGGGCUGUCCAAGUCGUGCUUUCACAACGUCAUCUACUGUCUCACCAAUCGCCACUUCCGGAGCGCCUACAUCAGCCUGUUCAACUACUGCUGCUGCAAGACGACGGUGGCCGUCUCGAGACGGCAGCGGGCCGACGGCAAUCGUCCGACGGCGGACGUGCGCGUCCACAUCAUACCCGGCUACAACAUGUACUCGUACACGAGCCCGCAACGUUCGGGCAACUGCCACGGACACUGGGGAAAGCGCGACUGUCACGAGUUAUGAUCGGAAACGUAGCUAAAUUAAUCGAACCGCAGCGCUCCAUCCCUCUCGGUGGCAGUGCGAACUGCGCGGCUCGAUUAAUUUAAAAGGCAUCCCAAGCAAGGGAUUGGUGGUCGCUUUUAUUUUUGCUGUGGAUUCACAAUUUUCGUUCCGAUCGGUUUAAAGAUUAGUUUACGGGUGGAUGGAACGCGUGGGACCGUUGGCAGCUGGCCGAUGGACGUCUUAAGUCUCGAUGGGCGGGACAGCGGCUGAGAAUGAGAUCCGCAAUUUGGAGCAGACAGUGGGAGGAAUUUCCCUCACGAGUGCUACAGCUGGUGCUGGCUCUCACGUACUAGGUUCGGUGGAAACUAUUAUUAUCCUACUUGCGUGAUGAUGUGUCCUUCAUUGAGAUUAUACCUCCUACUAAUGCUUUGGGUCUCGUCGAUCGUUGUUGCAACCGGUAAAAGGAUUUACGCACUAAAAACAAACUCUAUGUUAAGACUUACUUCAUUAUUAAUCCUUUCUCCUAUUUUGAUUUUACCAAUUCUUGUCGACAUUACGUUGAAUCUACAGAGAAAAAGUUUUUACAAAAUGAGCAAAAGAAACAGACAUAAAAUGAUUCUCUUAUCAUAAACGCGAAGCGCUAUAUCACCAAACGACAAGAGGGCCUAAUCAUUGCAAGGACUGAAACACAUUGUCCAAUUUAUGCUUCUUUGUUGCGAACUAUCAGGUGGACACAGGUGGAAGAGAGUGCUUCGUUCGGAAAAGAAAUAGUUACUCCCUUUUCCCUCUCGUUUUCGACAACUUUGCUCCUUAUGUUCCCAAGCUGAUGAUGUUCCUCUUUUGGAGGAACUCCACAGGACAGUGUUCAGUCACAUGUCGAGCUUUCUUCUAGCUGUAAAAUAUCUGAAUGUCUUCUUACUUACUUUUCGAGCAGCGGGACAAACUUGCCUCGCUGCCCAGAAGUUCUCAUCGUCUGCCAAUCCUACAUCCCAGCGUUUCUGAUGGACGUAUUAACACUUCUUCUCAAUUUAGGUCGUCCGGUGCCACUCUCAUGACAUGCCAUUGGAAUAUAGGCGAAUAUACUUCGCUGCACAACUUUGUAAGGUCUAUAUACAGCUCAGAGAGCUUGUCGUUGUAGCAUUCUUCUGUAAAAUUCUUCAGACUGUUUACAGUCCCACCAACGUCCUUUGCGGCAGUUGUUUUGAGAGGAGAAGUUGCCUGUAGGCUGCAGUAUGGCAGAGAUCUACCAAGUUCCCAAUAGGGAUAGUUGCAAAGGUUUUGACCAGUAUCCCUCUAGAUUGUUUAGGUGAUCCCACUGGAUUGUCUCCCAUGAUCUUCUUCGCUUGUAAGUUCAGCCUGGCCAUGUCCAGGCACAAAACCUUGGGAACUACAUCAAGGGUUCUCAAGGUUCUCUCCAGUCCCCAUUUCAUUGGACCUCAGCUCAAAUACUCAACCCAGUUAUUUCCCCGAAAUUAAAGACUUAAAUUUAGAGCUUUUAAGCUUUAACAGAGGAUUUUCAAAUGCUUCACUUGAUCCUUGAGUCCCCAGCUUGGCAAGCUUCAUUCCGACCGGCACAUUUCCACCUGUACACCUGGAUAAUGAAGCGAUUUUCUUUCAAUUGCAACUUUCCACUUGAUGACACGUUCGCAAACACACCUUACAAAAACAUAACAAACUACUACUAUACGCCUAUCAUACUCUAGUACUACUAUCCUUGAAUGUUUCCUCCUUACGACAACAACAAAAAAGGCUUCUUACAUAAAUGUGCUACUAAUGGAUGUUUUAUUGUGUUGACCGUUGUGUCUCUAUUGUGACUGACUGGUCCGAUGGGGGGGCCAACAACAGCAGUAUAUGUAGUGUGCAACAAAUUGAAAGCCCACCCCACCCCACGUUGAAAGCGCGAUGGAUAAAAGGCACUCACACUCACACACAAAUUAAAGCAAAUAUAAACGUACACGUACUUAUCAUAAUCCGAUGUAGAAUCAGGUCGCCCAUACUACGGCGGGACGGUUAGUUGCCCAAUAAACUUGAUGUGUAAUCGUGACUGUCCCCGGGAGGUAACCGACAAGUGGUACGGAUUGCUCCCAAUAUCUGUUCCCACUAGCACCCGUAGGGGAAAAAUGCUGUGCACCUGACUGAAAAGCGCGUAGCGUAGCCGAAGAAAAGGAAAGCUCAGUGCACACAAUGUGCUAGCGAGUAUGUGAAAGGUUUAGCAGUAAUUUUAACGAUUUGAAUGGACGGGGAGAAACUGGAGUGCAAACACCCAGACCCCAGAGGGAAGCGGAGAUUUUGGGGGGUGGGGGAAUUGGACAAGAAAAGCAUACAAUAAACUAUACAAAACGUGAUUUGCGUCCGGAGGAUCUGUAGUGGUCUAGUAUGUGGCUAGCUAUUAGUUUUGUAACGGAACGCAAGAAAACGUGCACUCGAAUCACUACCAAGGAAGUAGCUCCUUCCGACCGCUAUAAAGUACUGCUGGGAUUGUGGUGUCAUGGCCUCCGACACACAUGGCCGUGCGGUGGUGAAAUGGGGAAGGUAGAACUCACUAUUUUAAAAGACAGCAUAUAUAAAUAUACAACAGCUGUAAGCGUGUAUGGUUUUGUACAUACAAACGAUAUACACUAUACACACACACAAUAUACAUAUACAUAUACAUAUUGAUGGAAGUAUAUUCCUAGGUCCGCUGGCAAAGCGUAUACCCUGUCGUCGUCUUAGAACCAAGGCAAGGCAAAACAAACCGUGUGAUUGUUAAACUGAAACUUAUAGAUAUUGAAGAUAUAUAUAUAUAGAGAGCUAUGUAUGUAUUGUGAUGAGGCACAGCGCAGAUGAGUGAACAAAACCCCGAAGCGCCGCAACUGAAACUCGAUAUCAAACUAUUUUCAAGUGAAGAUGAUGCUGUCCAUCGUUUAAAGCGAAUGAUUCUAAUACAAUAAAACCGCCACGUGGGGGAUCGAACAGAGCAAACAAAGUAUGGGGGACUUGCCUUGAGUAGGAGGUUGUGGCGACCAGAAACCAAUACGAUUCCAAGGGAACAAUAGAUAUCAACAGGAACGAAGCUGUGCUUCAAUAAUGCAGCCAGCUGCAGUUUGUUGCAGAACCGACGACGAUGGUGGACAAACAUCGCUGCAUUCCCAUUUUCUGUUUUCUUCGACCGUUUCUUUUUAAUGCUUUCCCCCCUCCCUCUUCGAUUCCCCCCGAACGACUAACAUGUAUGCAAACAGUCAAAGUCACUCGUGGAAAGUCGCAGGAAGGAAUUGUACAGAGAGAGGGAGAAAGCUCGUCCUUUUGGAUCACCUUUUGGGUCACUUUGAUGAUGUGCUGUGCGUCGUUAUCGAUGUAUGCGAACAUGGCAAACGAAAAAAAAAAACUGCCCCAAUUGUUCCCAUCCCAUUCCGGCUGAUAGUUCUUCAAGAAGGGAGUGCAAGUGCAACUAACCCCUCAGCUGAGUUUAGUAGUUCCCUUACUAAAAGCAGUCCACCGAUCGAUCGUCAACUAGAUGGAUGUUUGUCUGGCUGUCUGUCUGUGUGUACGUGUCUUAAUGUAUGUAAUGUCCGUGUUUUCCGCAGUUUUAAAUUGCCUUUUACUUGCAUACACAUGAAUAGCUGUGAUGAUGAUACCGUGUAGGCGAUUAGUAAGUUACCUAUAACCGAAUCGAAACGAACGAUACACAAACCGGCCACUUUUACGUGAAAGAAACACUCACUAAGGCAAUGUGUGUGUGUGUGUGUGUUUGUGGAGAAACAAGUCCAGCAUGGCAAAUGGCACAAACUAACGGCGUCCGCGGUAGGUAAACAGUACCUCCCUCCGGAGUGGUCCUCACGGGCGGAAGUAAAUUUUAAUCGAUGCAAAUGGCGAAUGACGGAUGGAAGGAAUGUUCAGCAAAUAAAAAAGGAAGGUAUUUUAGUAGACUAGUCGACCCACACUGCUGGGACCUUGCGACGGUGGGGCAAGCCCAUGCGAAUAAACACUAUCACCAAUACAAUAUUAUCACUGAACGGAGUGAGGUGCCCAUCCCGGCACCCAUCAUCUCGUAUAUCUUGUUAAUCAAACCCGAUGUAAUAAACUUGUUCCGGCAAGCGGGACAACUACUGAUGUAUAA